AUGUCCGAGGAAACUGAAGUAACGACAACGUUGGAAGAACAACAGGUAAAAUAUUUGUUUGAAAUGGAUGAUACGGUUGCGAGUCCUGAGAAAGCAGAAGAGGCCAAAUUAAAAGCCAGGUACGCCGGCCUGGGAGUCAAACCUGGGGGAUCGGAUUUCCUGAGAAAAAGACUUCAGAAGGGGCCAAAGUAUUUUGAUUCUGGUGACUACAACAUGGCUAAAGCCAAAAUGAAGAAUAAACAGUUGGCGUCAUCCCUGUCAGAGAAGGCCGAGAUCACCGGCGGACACAUUCCAACGCCUCAAGACCUCCCUCAGCGAAAAACUUCCAUUGUGACAAGCAAACUGGCGGGCUGA